AUGAAAUCAUCAGGCAUCGUCGCCCUCAUUUUCGCAGGACUGUGCUCCGCGGCACCCGGCGCCCCCGUUCAAGAUGGCGAGCUUCUCGAGCGCGCACCGAUACCGAACCCGCUACCCGCUGCACGGGUCUGCACUCCCCCCGCGUGGAACUGCUCGGGCAGCAACAUGUAUGUGUGCAACUCCGGUGGCGACUGGAGCCUGAGCGCCAGGUGCGGUCCGGGGAGGUGUGUUUUGCAGAACGGAGGGGCCUACUGCGUUGCAUGA